AGCAAGGCAACAUGGCCGCUGCUGGUGGCGGUGCCCGGUCCUCGCGUCUUGGCUCGUCAGGUGCCCCAAGGGUCGCCCCAGGCCUGGGCCGGCGGACCUAUAUAAACCUGCGCCCCAGCUCGGCCCGAAUCACACACGUACAUUCGUCGAUCCACCACUGUCCAGUGCUCGGUUACGCACGCGCACAGAUAUCUUUUACGCCACCAAGUCCAAGAUAGCAGGCCGAAUCGACAAACAAGCAGGAAGAGGCAUGGCGCUCGCGGAGGGGAACGGCGCGGCCAUCUUCGGCGAGGAGCAGGAGGCGCUGGUGCUCAAGUCGUGGGCCCUCAUGAAGAAGGACUCGGCCAACCUCGGCCUCCGCUUCUUCCUCAAGAUCUUCGAGAUCGCGCCGUCGGCGAAGCAGAUGUUCUCGUUCCUGCGCGACUCCGACGUGCCGCUGGAGAAGAACCCCAAGCUCAAGACCCACGCCAUGUCCGUCUUCGUCAUGACCUGCGAGGCGGCGGCGCAGCUACGGAAGGCCGGGAAGGUCACCGUCAGGGAGACGACGCUCAAGCGGCUGGGCGCCACGCACUUCAAGUACGGCGUCGCCGACGGACACUUCGAGGUGACGAGGUUCGCGCUGCUGGAGACGAUAAAGGAGGCGCUCCCCGCCGACAUGUGGAGCCUGGAGAUGAAGAACGCCUGGAGCGAGGCUUACAACCAGCUGGUGGCGGCCAUCAAGCAGGAGAUGAAGCCAGCCGCUUGAUGCGCUGCUACUCGGCCUCCGAGUUCCCCCUAAGAUGCACCAUUCUGAAUUCUUCAUCGCUUCUUUUUUUUUUUGCCGUUUUGACUUCGUGUUGUGCAUUUUCCAAAUCUCUCGAUGAUGGAGAGAGGAGUGAUGUACUAAUCUGUGAGAGCAUGUAUAUUAUUGUCUUUUCUUAUAUAUUGGGAUGAGCACUGAAUAAAGAUGUAACCUGUAGCCGGUUACGCGUUUAACGUG